GGAUCAUGAUGUCUGGACCUUAUGGUCUGGUCUGGUCUGGUCUGGUCUGAACGGUAGGAUCCUCCCUCCCUGUGAGAUCAUCACACUUUUAAUUAGACCGGAUCCGCCAAUUAACAGGAAGUCAGCCGGUCUCUCUGAGCCCUUUAAAAGCAGCCGAGUCUAACCUCCAGCAGGAUUCUGACUGAGGCUCAAACGAGAUCUACACAAGGAUGACUUCCACUAUACUUUGUGCUGUUAUUUUGCUGGUGUGUGCCUUGACACUCAGUGCUGCUCAGACGAGCUGUAAAGGUCGAUGUGGUGCUGAGUACUACAGGGGUUACAUGUGCCAGUGUGACUAUGGCUGCCUGCUUUAUGGAGAGUGUUGCAAAGACUUUGAAGCCCAGUGCACCACAAAAAAUUCAUGUAAAGGAAGAUGUGGAGAAGGCUUCAAAAGAGGCCGGCUGUGUAGCUGCGACUCUGACUGCAUUAAGUACAAACAGUGUUGUACUGAUUACAAGAUGCACUGUGAUGCAGAAGAGCCGACUGUGAUUGAAGCAACACCUUCUACAUUCAGCGAAGGAAACGAUGCAGAUGACAAUUUGAUUCCACUGGUCACUCCAACAUCAUAUCCACAAGACGAUCUCAGUGAUGAUAUGAACAGCCAGGUUUUUCCCAAAGAUGAAUUUUCCAACAAUGAAGACGGGCAGCUGGAGGCAAGUCCAAUCCCAGAGAGCACCAGCGGCUACGGAUCAUCUACAGCUGACCUGCUGGAUCAAAUGUCUGCUGAACCCACACAGGAUCCAGACGCUCUGGAGUUCAGUAAAGAGACAUCCACAGUCCUCCCUCAGACACAGACGACUCUCUCAGAUGACGCAACAACGCAGGCCAAAGACAACCCCUCCACCCUUUACCCCCCCUUUACUGAAGAAGCCCCAACAGAAAGCACAGAUGCCAGUGAUGCCUCCAGCUCAUCUGACACAGGAACGACUCUCCCUCAGCCCACAACAUCAGCUGAUCACGUCUCCAGCCAGCCAACAUCAGCAGCCCAAACUGAGCAUCCUCCGAGAGGUGACACCCCAGAGACUGGGGGGGUAGAGCAGAUUGAGGAUGUGGCUGUAGCUUUCUCUGAUGAACCAGAAGUUGCAACCCUACCCUCCAACACAGCAUCCUCUGCAGCCCCAAUAGCCACCAGACCUCCCCAGGAAUCCUCCACAGUCCUGGAAAACUCUCAGGUCACAACCAUCACUGCCUCGAUGAUGAACCUGAAACCGAUCCCAGAGAAAACCACUGAAAACCCUGAACCAGAUGUUACUGAGAACAGCUCAGACACCGUCACAACCAGCCCUCCAUCUCCUCUGGAAGACCUUCAAGAUCCUUCCGUCAGUGACUCUCCUGCAGGAAUGGAGCUGACGACCCAUAGUCCCUCAUCCACAGACGCAGUGCAGGAUGACGUUACAGCAGGAGAAACCACUGCUGAUACGCUAAAUGUCACCCCAGACCCGACCAAACCCACAGCACCUGAAGCCACAUCUAAACCCCAGGACAAGCCUGACCCAUACGAGCCAUUGCCAGCUACACCCACUCCGGCUAAACCCACUCCGGCUAAACCCACUCCGGCUAAACCCAGCUCCAAACCUGAGGCGAUAGAGGACACUAGAGACUACCAAGCAGAUGACAACAAUGAUACAAAUCUGUGCAGUGGGCGGCCAGUGAGUGGAGUCACCACGCUGAGGAACGGCACAAUGGUGGUUUUCAGAGGACACUACUUCUGGGUUCUGGACAGAAAUAUGGUUGCUGGUCCAGCCCGUGGCAUCACACAGGUGUGGGGCAUCCCGUCCCCCAUCGACACUGUGUUCACCCGCUGCAACUGCCAGGGCAAAACAUACAUCUUCAAGGGAUCCCAGUACUGGAGAUUUGAAAAUGACGUCUUGGACCCCAGCUAUCCAAAGGUCGUCGAAACAGGCUUUGACGGACUCCGAGGUCACAUCACAGCUGCUCUGUCUGUGCCUCAGUACCAGAGCAGGAGGGAGGCAGUUUACUUCUUCAAGAGAGGUGGACUGGUCCAGAAAUAUUCAUACCAGUCUGGCACCAGUCCAACAUGCCGAAGGAAAGUCCAGUACGCCGUUUACACAAUCCGGAACCGAAUGGUUCGACAAGCAGUGUCUACUCUCGGGCCGGCUGUCAACAUCCGGACAUCUUGGAGAGGUUUCCCCACCACCAUCACAGCCGCUGUGUCCGUCCCAAACAACAGAGAACCAGAGGGAUAUAAGUACUACGUCUUCUCAAGAUCCAAAUCCUACAAUGUGAGGAUGAAUGGUGAACGUCCCGUCGUUGCUCCUCCUCCUCCUCCUUCAGUCAACACAUCACCUCAAAGCAACAACUUCUUCAAAUGCUCAAAGAACAUCUGAUGAAACAAAGGCUUUUCCCCCUUAGUUUUCAAGUUUAUUACAUUCUUCAUACAACACACUGCUUCAGCAUGGACUGAUUACAAAAAGGUACUUUACAAGAACAAUAAAAAACAAAACUGAAAGCUUUAAAACAGUAUCAGGAACAUUAUCAAGGCUGAUUACAGCAAUUGAACACACUGAUUGGAAAAUAUGUUUUUAAGUUCUCAUUGUCACGUUUUCUGACGAGUUCUUCAUCUUGCGAAUCGUCUCCCGUGUACACCCCGAGAAGGAAACCCCUGGCCUGUUGGGACAGAAAAUACUUUUGUUUAAAGAAAGAUUUAAAAGAUAUAAAUUAAUUAUAAUGCACCAACGUGUAUUAAAUGUUAAGACGGGUAAUUAAAAUGAAACAAAUGACUUGUGAGCACCAGGGGUAAAAUCUUUGAGCUUGAUAUAGGUCAUUUCAUAUCCGGAUAAAGAAUAAAUAAAUAGACUAUAUGAAACAACCACUAGGUAAAGCCUAUGGUUGUACACUCCAUGUUAUCACAUCUCACACCUGUGGUUCGAUCAGAACAAUUGACAUAAAUAUUGCUGUAAUGAGUGCCGCUCUCUUUUUUUUCCACAAUAUCGCAAUAGUUAUAACAUAGGAUUGACAUUUUUAUAUAGUUACAACAUAACGUAACAUAAAUAGCUGCCAAGAAACGUGAAAAAUAAGUUAGUUUCAGUAAGUAAUUUCAUUCAUCAAACAACAAUUAUAUUUUCUUUUCUUUUUUCUGUCUGAAACAAAACUGGAAAUCUAAUGUGUGAUCUGAUUUUAAAUAAACAUGGAAGU